ACUCCAGCUCCAAGAUGGCCGAAGAAUAUCUGUCAGAUUCUCGGCUGAGGAGUUGGUUGUCAAUUCAGUGGGAAAACUGGCCGUCUUUUCCCCUGGUGGUCGGCGUGGCCCUCACGGUAGCGACGUACUAUGUCAAGUGCGUCGCUAAGAAGCCGUUGCUGAUCACAGGCAGUGCUGAUUGUGCAGACUUCCUCCAGCGGCGCUGUCCUGUGCUGGUACAGGAGUACUACCCGACUGUCUGGUGCUUCACCUCACGUGCACACACUCUCAUCUGUGGCAUCAUUCGCGAUCUGGCGGACGGCAAGCCACCAUCCUACCGACAAGAUAUCCUUCACACUCCUGAUGGAGGGGAGAUCCACCUGGACUGGCUGGAGCACCAUGGCGACCAUCACCAUGGCAACCAUCACCACGACAACAAGACCCGCCCAACUGUUCUCAUCAUGCCUGGACUGACAGGAAACAGUGGCUCUGCAUAUGUAGCCAGACUGGCGCGCGGUGCUCACAAACAGGGCUACCGUGGCGUCGUGUUCAACAACAGGGGAACCAAUGGCGUGGAGCUAAAGAGUGCGAGGUCGUACUGUGCAGCCAACACUGAUGACCUUCACCUUGUGGUCAGCCAUGUAAAGACCCUGUACCCAGACGCACCACUCAUGGCCGUGGGGGUGUCCCUCGGGGGCAUUAUCCUGUUUAACUACGUUGCUAAGUUGGGUAAAGACUGUGGGUUGGUGGCCGCCAUGGUGGUGUCCGUGUCGUGGAACGUGUUUGAGGGCACGAGGUCGCUGGAGGAAACCGUCAACAAACUGCUGUUCAACAGGUACCUGGCCAAGGGGCUGACUACAAACCUGCGCAGGAAUCGUGUUGUCUUCGACCAGCAUGGCAGUAUUGACAUUGACCAUGCUCUCCAGGCCUCCACCAUAGGAGAAUUUGACGAGCGUUUCACAGCGAAAGUGUUUGGUUACGAGUCCCUGCAGCACUACUACACCGACGCCAGCCCUCAUCACAAAGUUCCCAACAUCCAGACCCCCAUACUGUGUCUGAACGCAGCCGACGACAUCUUUUCUCCUUUAGAUUCCAUUCCCAUAGAUGAAGUUGAGAAGAACCCAAACAUUGCGCUGGUUAUGACAUCGCACGGGGGCCACAUCGGCUUCGGUGAUUGGCUGUUCCCCACCCGUGAGAGUUUCAUGGAUAAACUGUACCAACAGUACGUGGAUGCGGUCUUCAAGUACGGACAGGAGCUGGCCAAUGAGGAAGAAGGAAAAUGGGUAGAUGCACAAGAUCAACGGAACUCUCCAACACAAAAAGCUUCCAGCGACACCGGGCUCUUCAAACUGUGCUUGGAGUUUGACACCAUCAUGUUUUCGUACUACAACAAGAGCGCCUUCCACGAGCGGUGUGUCCCGAAGCAGGACCAGGGCACCUCCCCGCCUCCAGCCGCGGGCGGAGGCGGCAAGCGCACCGAGGCAGAUUACCGGCACUGCAACGAGGUGGCCGAGGACAAGAUAUGGAGAGAAAGCGUCAAGAACGAGUGGAAAGGAGUUCAGCAAUGGGAAGAUAACUGGGGCUUCCUGAAGGAGUACGAUCAGAAGGGUCGGCCCAAGCCUCAGAAAGAGCUGCCGGACAGAGUUCCCGUGUACUCGGACAACAUGCCCAACACCACUAACGGCGUGAUCGGCAGCCGCAUGCGCACGGACAUCGGCCGGCACAUGUUCCAGCUCGAGCGCGCGCUCAUGACGGGGCACAAGAAGAAGAAACUCGGCACGGAGCUCAUGUGCUACGACUGACGACGUCACGGAUGACGUAAUGUGUGUGACGUCACAAAUAAUGCGGACAUGUAGAUGACGUCACAAAUAUUUAUGACGUCACAAAUAAUGUGGACAUGUACCUGACGUCACAAAUAUUGAUGACACUUUUAUGACGUCACAAAUAAUGAAGACAAGUUUGUGACGUCACAAAUAAUGCGGACAUGUUCAUGACGACACAAAUAAUGCGGACACCUUCAUGACGUCACAAAUAUAUGACGUCACAAAUAGAGGCAUUCAUAAGAAAUGUCAUUACCGAUGGACCAUACGUCAUCGCGCCAAGUGUAUAUAUCCAAUGUUGUUCCGUGUAGGAAUAAUGUCAUAGUUGUCAACUUGACGUCAUAGCUGUCAAUCAACCAGACGUCAUAGCUGUCAUCAACAUGACGUCAUCAGUUGAGACUGUCACUCAAGAUAUGAGGCUUUAAAAAAAGUGUAUAUCUAUAGGAGAAAAUAUCAACUCAAAAAAGAACAAACAGGACGUUACUAUACUCAGUUACAAAUAUGCCAUUAGAACUCCAAUAUUCGCGAAUUUCGCAGAUUUUUACUGUCAUUGAGUUCCAGAAAUUUGGUUGACAAUAUUGAAAAGUCAGUAAAGCUAACUAACUUUUGACAGUUGUUCACAGAAGUAGGCAGCGACAGUUGUAUGUAUAUAAACCCGUGCAAUACCUCCUCAAAGAAGGCAAUACCUAGUAAUACAUGUGCUACUCUGCCAAAAUCUCUUGACAGUUUUGUGGUCCAUUUUGUAUAUGAAUCUCUGUAUCUUUGUUUGAUUGUGAUUAAAACAAACAAGUUGUUCAUUGAAGAGAUAAUUUGAAAUUUUCUUCUUUUGGUGACAUUCAAAUUCAAUAACCCUCCCAUCCAUGCACCAAGCUCUAGUGUUAAACAGUAGAAGCCUGCUUUAAUAGAGGGGGUUAAAACUCAAAAUCUCUGACACCAAACCAAUGGGGCCAAAACAGAAUCAGCAAGUUCAGAGAAAAUCGUACUUUCAAACUGCCAAAACUGCAAAAUAUCUUUAAUAUCAUUUCAGGAAAUAGUAUAACACUGGUUAAUUACAGCAUAUAUAAUACUAUUAGAUAUUUUUGUAUUGUGUUGAGAUGUUGGUUUACUUCUACUGGGUUGUCCUUUUUUCUCUGAAAUUUUUGGCACAUUGACUGAUGUUGAGUAUCCUCAGACAUCUGUUUUCUAAUGUUAUAAAGAGUAAUUUUUUAAUGGAUAUUUUAUAUAAAUGUACUUCUAAAAGAUGAUACUAAUAGAACAAAGUUGUUGUAUUUGUGAAGAAAAGUGUAUCAUUAAUAUGUGUUUCCAGUUAGAGUGGUGCUAAAUCGGAAAUAAGGUCCAGAAAAGUCUUUGACAGAUUGAUUAUUGUACAGUUUUAAUAAACAAUGUAUUUCU